CUACAACAUGCACUCUCCUGCAAUCCUUGCCCUUCUUGUCAUCGUUCUGGUGGCCCAAUAUGCCCAAGCUGGCACCCUUAGCUUUGGUUCCCUAAUGGGUGAUGUUUCCCAAGUGGCCGUUGCUGGGGAGAAGGUUAUCCACCAACUGGAGAACGCCGUGGCCAGCUCCCAGUCGGAUUUCGUACAGCCGACCACCCUGAAUAUCCUCAGCGAUAUGGGCAAUGCCUUGGGCGAUCUGGCUAAUGCCCUUACUAACUUGAAAGUAGAUACUGACUAUAUGGAACCGGAGGCUACCAAUCUUCUUGGAGAUGUUCUGGGAGGAGUUGGCACUGGUCUUGGAGAUUUGGCUAAUGCCAUCACCAGUCUGAGUUAUCAAAUGACCAACGAUCCUCAGGCUCGCAGUCUUUCAUCUGAUGGAGCUUCCAUCAUAGCCGAAGGAGGGGCCGUGAGUGCCAAGACCAUUGCCGCUGCUGCCGAUGCCGCUGCCCCCUACAUCAAGCAGCUAAAUGCUGGCCUAGGCGAUCUGGCUAACGCCCUCACCAACCUCUAAGGAACUUUGUAUCAGUUCAAUUAACAAAUAAAUAUUCAAUCGCCUAAA